AUGGACAGCAAAGCUAGUACGCAAAAGGCACUCAAAUCGUUGGCCAUAGUCAUAAAAGCAGGACGAAAGACCUCUUCUUUACCAUCCAUCGGCCACUUUGUCCGCGAACUAGAGCUGCUGAUUAUAGGAGACAGGGCGUACUAUCACUAUCGAGAAGGAGCUCUUCGCCCUCGGGCCCACAUUCCCAAAUGUUGGGGUGCAGAUGCAGAUUCAGUUCUAGCCUACAUUCUCCGGAACCUCUUUCAGACUGGUUCCUCAGCGAAUGUCUUGCGGAUGAUGUCACCUGGACCUUCCAGACUUACCCUCAGGCUUAACGUUGACGACCCAUAUUCCCCAGUAGGCCAGCGUGAUAGGUUUUCUUGGAGGUUGUUCAGUCCAGAGAUACAAAAAGCACUAAACAACCUUGUUCAAUCUUCUCAGUUGAAUAGUGUCCACUUGGAUUCUGUCAAGGAUAUACCAAAGAGCUUCGUCGGCAAACGGGAAGUCAAGGAUGUAAACAUUGUCAAUAGCUCUAUUGAGCAAGAACUGGAUAUUGUCAAUAAAAAUACUGAGUCCUUAUUCCUUGAAUCUCUUAACGUUGGCCCCAUUGUUACAUCGAGAGACCUCGGACUCCCGGCUAGCCUACCAACAUUCAACAUCCCCACUGCACAAUUAUAUCUCCCCAAUCUGACGAGAUUGAUGAUAUGCCAUAUUAUUUCACGCCACAUAGAGUUUCAUUCACUCGCGUCAACAAUAGCCACCCUGAAUGACAUUUUGCACCAUGCUCCGCUUCUGAAGGUGCUAUCCAUCGAGAUUAAAAAAGAGAAUGAAGGUAAUCUCGAACACCUCGCGAUAUCUCAAGCCAACACGACACAGACAUAG